AUGCAGGGCCCGGUGCUCGUUCUAAAUGCGAACACGAAGCGCGAGUCGGGUCGCAAGGCGCAGCUCGGGAACAUCGCGGCGGCCAAGGCCGUGGCGGACAUUAUCCGCACCACGUUGGGCCCGCGCUCCAUGCUCAAGAUGCUGCUAGACGCCACAGGAGGUGAGGUGCACGCCACAGGAGGUAAUUGUGUGACGGGCAUACAGUGGGUCAAUCUUUCGAAAGAAAGGCGUGGGACCCCGUCACCUGAUGGGGUGGUGGGAUGGGGUGGUGGGAUGGGGUGGUGGGAUGGGGUGGUGGGAUGGGGUGGUGGGAUGGGGUGGUGGGGUGGGGUGGUGGGAUGGGGUGGUGGGAUGGGGUGGUGGGAUGGGGUGGUGGUGAUGGGGUGGUGGGAUGGGGUGGUGGGAUGGGGUGGUGGUGAUGGGGUGGUGGGAUGGGGUGGUGGGAUGGGGUGGUGGGAUGGGAUGGUGGGAUGGGGUGGUGGGGUGGGGUGGUGGGAUGGGGUGGUGGGAUGGGGUGGUGGGAUGGGGUGGUGGUGA